AUGUCCAUUGAACUCGAACCCUCCAGCCAGCUCGCCUUCCGCAGGCCUCUCACCGAAGCCAUCAAGGAGGUACUCAUCAUCCGCAACCCAACCCAGUUGCCCAUCGCAUUCAAGGUCAAGACCACAGCACCCAAGCAGUAUUGCGUCCGCCCCAACUCUGGACGAGUCGAGCCCGGUCAGGAGCUGGAGGUCCAAGUUCAAAUGCAGGCCAUGAAGGAGGAUCCUCCAGUCGACUUCAAGUGCAAGGACAAGUUCUUGGUCCAGAGUGUUGCUAUCACUGCAGAACGCGAGCUAUUGGCGCCCCAGGACUUGUGGCCUACGAUUGAAAGGGAUGCAAAGGAUCAGAUUCGGGAAAAAAAGAUUCGAUGCGCGUUCUUGCCACCGCUGGGCCACGAGAUCACCCAGAUCAAGGAGGAGGAACUCGAGGCCACACCUUCGCCUUCGUCCCACAUCACCUUCAGCGACUCCGUCAACAACAAUAACACUCUCCCUGCAUCACCCGUUCGCCAGGCUGCCCAGCAGCCCCUCUCUGUUCACACCACUAUCACUACAUCUUCCUCGGCAGAUAUGGGCACCUUGAAGCGCGAACUUGACUCAGCACAGGAGACCAUUCACAACCUCCAGAGCUCCGUGGAGAGGCUUCAGCAGGAGGCCACCUCUCUGCGUCAACGCAAGCCAGAGGCUGGAUCUUCAUCGGCACCCACCAUGACCGCCGUUCACUUGAAAAACAACCAACAAGAGGGAUAUCCCGUCACCUAUGUUGCAGGAGCAGCAGUUGUUGCCUUCUUGUUUGCUUACCUCUUCUUCUAA